AUGGAUCACUGUUAUGUUGUUCCUGUCUUAGUUAGGAUUCACAAUUUCUUGGAGAAAACAAAAAAGUCCCAGAGAAAGGGAAUUUCAGCUGAGAGUCCUGAAUCUAUGACCAAUGAGACAAUUAUACUAAGGAAACGUGUUCAGAAUUUGAUUAGAAGGAAAAGAGUUUCUGAGGCGCAAAAGCUGGUGAAAAAUGAUAAGUUUAAGUCUUGGGGUAGAGACACACAAGCUAAGCUGGGAUGUUGUCUCAUAGAAUUACUAACGGAAACAGCUUAUGUGCAACCUCCGGUUAGUCAGUCAACUGAAAAUCCACCAGAUUUUCGACCAGCAUUUAGGCAUACUUUCAAAAUUGCAACAAAUGAGGCAGGGUAAGGGCAUGUUAC